AUGGGCACUCCUCGUGAAACUCCGCGUGAGGCGCGGGUGGACGACGAAGUUUUGGAGCCUACUUAUAGUGACUUAUCCUUGGGCCCCUCUGGGAGGCCGGUGGCUACAGUGGUUCUGGAAGCAAUGGACCCUGGAGUGGUCGCUGGUGGCACAGGCCCUGGAGCGGCCCCGAUUGGCACAAUCGCGACUGGUACAGGCCCUGGAGAGGCCACUACUGUGGCAGCUUUGGAGGUUGCUGCAGAUUCGCCUAUGCGUCUUUCGACUUCUUUGUCUUCGAUGGAAAGAGGGCGAACCGUGGCUCGAGACGGGCGACGAAGAGCCCCGAGCACUGCCUCGGCGGGCACGACAGACGCUCGUUUGGAUCGUCUGACUGGUCUGAUGGAGGCUAUGCUGGUGCGGAUGGACGAUGAGCGAAGAAGUCAAGGAGGUGUCUUUCCAGCCUUUGCAGAACGUGAGGUUCGCCAGGAUGAUGGGUCGCAGGCCUCAUUCCACUCAGUUCCCACUACGGCAGCCUCAGGAGGAGGAGCAAUAAUGGUUGAACCGCCAGACGCCGAGCGCCCGGUGACACCGGUGAAGCCAAGGACUCCUCCACCGAUGCUCCGAGUCCCGAGUCCCUCGCCUCCGAGAGCUCCACCAUUGCUGAACUUCCCGGUCGAGGAGAUUUCAGCUACUAGAGGAGUGAGGUCUUCGACCCCUCCUCCCGCAGUGUUCCGCCCUCCGGUGCCGGCUUUGCCUCUCUCUGCCAAAUCAGAGGAGCCCAGCAGGUAUGUCCAGGCUUUGCCCAAGCUUGAAGAUUACACGCCAGACCAAGGAGCAGUAAUCUUAGGAGACUGGCUGGUUACCAUAACCCCGGUGAUAGGCUCCCUCACCCCUGGCGCCGCCACUUGGUUCGCUGAGGUCUUAGCCCGGGUUAAUGAGCAUUAUGCUUUGUGGUUAGCCAGCGACCCGGUCACCCGUCUCACGAUCCGCACAAGGGCCAUUGCUGAUGGUGCCAACGCCUCAUCCCAGGGAGGUACCGCUCUACUUGAGCAGCGCCUGACCACACUGCUGCUGGAGGCCGUCCCUAGCGCGGUCAAGACCGAAGUGAUCACGGUGCGGGCUUUGACUACAGUCGGCAUUUUGUUCUUGUUACACACCCGGUAUCAGCCUGCCGGGCAGGCUGAAAAGGCUUCGAUUCUCCAGUUCCUUGUCAGCCCUGACGCUCCAAAGGACACUCAACAGGCAGUUAAGAACUUGAGACGUUGGUUGCGUUGGCUUGCUCGCUCCACCGAGUUGCAACUCGCUCCUCCUGACGCCUCUCUUUUAGUCAAGGCGGUUGACAAGCUGGGUGCUGCUUUCCUCUCUGACCCCUCGGCGGUGUUUCGAGUUCAAGCCUUUCGUCUGCAGAACAGCAUCGACCACCUUCCUUCACAAGACUCCUCAGUUUCCCUGGCCCAGUUGUACCUUGCUGAGCUUGAGACUCUUCUGUUGGUAGCUCCUGAUCCCAAGAAGCAGCGAGUUGCUGCCCUUGAGGCGCCUACGGCUGAUAAGCCCGAAGAGCCCAAAGGUAAAGGAAAAGGGAAGGAGAAAGGUGCAGGUGAGGCGCAAUCGCAGGAGCCCGAAGCAGCUGGCUCUACUUUGGGACCCUCUGCAGCCCAGGCCAUUCGUGAUGCAGCUACCUCCCUUCGCCAGGAGCUCCUCAAGGCUAUCAGGUCUGCCGAGCCAGGCAACCAGGUUUCAGGUGCCCUGAGCUCCAGUGGUAAGGGGCUCAUUGAUGGUGGGGCUACGUGCUGCCUACGUUCAGCCAAGAACACCUUUGAGUGGAAUGAGUCCACUCCCACUUCCAUUCGGUUAGCUGUGGGCGAAGUGACCGCUCGUGUGUCCCCGGCAGGCACUCUUUUGUUGCCACCAGGCUCGUCUUGUGAUCCUAUCGUCGCCCUACAUGAGCUGAUCCGAAUCGGCUACCGCAUGACUUUCUUGUCUGUGAACAAGAUGCGUAUCUGGCGCCCAGGACAGCCGGACCUGCCUUUGGAUUGCUCUACCGGGUGCCCUGAGAUCACCCCCAAUGAGGCCAACAGGCUAAUCACCGAGAUCGAGAACUCCAAAAGGGUUAAUCGAGCUCAGGUCGCAAGGCUCACUCAGCUCCCAACUUCCUCGUUUGAGGACGUCCUCCAAGACCCGUCCGGUGAUAAGCUGGCUUUGUGGUUUAAAGGGAUAGUUCCUUCGGUUCCUGCCAGGCUUCUGCCCACCUUGGCCAUCGCCCCCUGCAAGAAAGCUGCGCCGUGGAACCGCCGACGGAGGCGAACCCUGUCCCGAGCCAAGCACCUCAUUAUCCACCUUUUUCCGGGCCAGUCACGAGGUCUGUUCCGAAGCCUUACGCAGGCUAACUUGGGGUGGGAUGUCCUAGAGGUUGACAUAGAAGAAGACCUGCUGCGUGAGGACACCUUUGGUUUUCUCCUGCACCUCGCACAAACCGGAAGGGUGCGUGCUGUGAUUGGGGGUCCUCCCUGCAGAACCUUCAGUGCCCUUCACCACCUCAGCUCAGGUCUCAGUGCAGCCACACAGGCUAUGGUCGAUCAGGACAGUGCCCUGUACCUCCGUAUGUUCAUGUUGACUUCGGUAGCUCGUCGUGCCGGUCGAGCUCUACGCCGCUCCGAGUCUCCAGACUUGACUGGCCCUGAACCUUUCUGUUUCGGCAUGGAGCAGCCCGAGGACCCGGCCCAAGUCUUUGAUGCCUCGCACGUUGAAGGCCCCACUCUGCUUUCUUUAGAUCAGGGACCACUCGGCCACGCCAAAAGGAAACCCACCACGCUUGCUUUGCUAGGUGACUCUAACCCCGGGCACGUUCUCGCCCCAGAGGCCGCUUCCUCUUCAGGUGUUGCUGCGCCUUCUCUUGACACCUCGAGCCAGGAACCCGCUCCUUCUCUGGACACCUCGAACCAGGAACCCGCCGCCGGUUCAGCCCCUCCUGAACUGUUGGAUUCAGAGCCAUGCUUUGCCGACCUGUUUGACGAUGAAGGUGAUGGCAGUGAAGACCUGUUACCAGUCUUGGACGCUCCAGCUGACCCUGAGGAUCUGUGCGAUCCCCUCACUCCUUCGCAGACUGCGGCAGCUGAUGCUGAAAAUGAAGCGUGGCAAGGGCAGUUUGAUGCCCUCACCGAUGAGUGGAAGGACUCUCCUCUUCCUGCCGUGCCCAUGCAGGACGUACCGUUCUUCGUUCCGCUCGUGAGCAAAUCCGGGAAAAACGUGUCGGGAGCUGUCAUGCAGGUUGUCACUCAGGUCCGUGCCUUGGGUCUUCCCAUUCAUCGCCUGCACAGCGAUCGCGGCCGGGAGUUCCGUAAUGCUUCCUUAGCGCACUUUACGCGUUUUCACUGCAUUCCCCAUACCACCACUUGUGGGGACGACUUCAAGGCCAACGGCCGUACUGAGAAUACGGUUCGGUUGCUUAAGCGGGCCACCCGCACGUUGCUGCAAGCCCAUGCGGCCCCGACGUCAGACUGGAGUUUUGCCAUGCGUCACGCUUGUGCCCGUCUUCGUGCUGCUGCCCUCAGUGCCCUUGGCCAGCCUUCUCCCAAGCUUUUGCCCUGGCGCGCUCGGCUUGUUUUGCGCAGACGCACGUGGUCACGCCUUGCUGCGGGCUCUUGGGGGAGCCGUGCACUGAUGGUUACCGUGUUGUGUCCUUCCCCGGACGUCCCAGGUGGCCAUCUUGUUGUGACCGACGACGGUGGCUACUUGCACUCUGAUGUUCUUGUGGAAGUGGGCGAGGCCGUUGAGCUUCAGGAGUUCGCGGGCUACGACAUCCAUGACCGAGGUUCUCAGGAUGAUGACGUCUACUAUGCCUAUGUCACAGCUGAGCAAGCAUCGAUACUUGAUGCACAAUUCCCGGACUUUGACAACUUUGUGUGUCGCAACCUCCCGCUGAGCUGGGAGAAGGUUGAGCCGGUCUAUCCUCCCUCGCCAAAUGAGCAUGAGCAAGUGCUUUGGGAUCAGCGUUUUCGAGACUGGAUCCUGGAUCCAGAGUUGCGUUUUGUGGUUGCAGAAGACCCAGAGGAGGCCUUCGAGGAAAGACCUUCGUCGAGCCGUGGAGACGACCACCCGGCUACCACCUCUUCUGAAAGGAACCCCCCUGCCGAGCGUUCAAGGUCUCGUUCUCCCAGAGACCAGCACCGAGAGACUCCGGAGGAGUCCGAGGAGUACCUCGCCUUGACUGUGCGUUCGUGCCGUGCCUCUGGCCGAGCAGCCUUGUACUCUUUUGUGACACCGCAAGAUGGGGAGGAAGAUGAGCUUCGGCGAGUUCCCCAGACCACGCCGGUGUUGGAUGUUGCCAGCUCCGAAGCUCUUGCUUUCGCCCUUCUGUCACGUCCGGUGCUCACUGCUGAGGCAGUCCUCGGCCUAGUGCAAGUCUCAGGACUUCGCAUUCGGCAAAGUCGUCGAGCUCGAUCUUUCGUGGGAGAGGCUCCGGUCUACCAUACCUUUGGUCAUUACUGCAGCCCGUACGACACCGGCCUCACUCGCUCUACACGCCAGCGCCCGGAACUCACUAGGGUCCUAUGUCGAGUACUCGUUGAGGCCCAUCCCACUGCCACAUUCUCGGCCCUUGCGGUAAUUGGCAACUGUCAACAGAGCUGCCAUCACGACCUUCUCAAUGAAAAGGGUGCGUUGAAUUACCUGUUCCCCCUUUCCUCUUUCAAGGGAGGGGACCUCUGGAUCGAAGAUGCCAGUGUGUCAGAGGAAGAAGCAGUGCACCGCUUCAUUCCCUCGCCUCAAGGCCAGGAAUUGCGCAAAGGAAAAAUUGCUUAUGACUUUGUUCAGUACAAUCUCAAGAAGCUCGGGCGACAGGCUCGCCAUCUCUGGGGGCAUGCCAACGACACCGGGGAUGGUGAAGAGGUUGCUGAGCUGGUGCGCUCCAUUGAUCACCAGGUCUGUAGCUUGGAACGGGUGUUAGACCGAGCUUCAUCCGACACGGCCGAAGCUCCUCCUCUCCUUCCCGAUGCCGCCGAAAAGGAGCUUGCCUGUUUUCUUGAUGAGGAAGAGGAGACUCCUCCUCCUCAACUGUGUGUUGCACGGGCCGUAGACCCCUCUGCUGCCACGUCUACUGAGGGGCCGCUCAACGCCUCACCUGAGGACUCCAAUGUCCCUUUGCAGACCCGCACGGUCACCCUUGUGGAAGUGUUGUCGGAGCUGGAGCUCUGGCUUCCCAGCUGGAAGGAGGAAUACAGCAGUCUGGUCCACCAACACAAGGCCGUCCGACCUCUUACACAACAGGAUGUUGAUAAGUGGAAGCGUGAGGGUGUUGAGUACCAGCUCAUUCCUUCCAAACUCGUCCACACUCUUAAGGCCCAUACUGGCCGCCGCAAAGCCCGCUGCGUCUGCUGCGGGAACAUGGAGUCUCACUCUAUUUACCACAAGCACGAGUGCUACGCCGGAGGAGCGGAUGCUACCACCCUCCGUGCUCUCCUCAGGGUGGCAUCAGCCCACCGUUGGGCCGUUUCUUCGUUCGAUGUGCGCACGGCCUUCCUUCAAAGCCGUCUUCUCACUGCCAACCGUGUGCCGACGGUCGUCAGGGUCCCUUGGCUCUGGCGUAAGCACUGCAUAUGCAUCGAAGAGUUUUGGCUGGUUGAAGGAGCUUUGUACGGCCUGUGUAUCAGCCCACGCUCCUGGUGCGAAUCUCGUGACAGCACCAUGGCCUCGGCCACUACCACCUUUGGUGACAUGAAAGUGCUGCUG